AGUUAGUAGGAGUACUUGCCCUCAUGCAGUCACCACUCACCAUUAUAUAGCAUGCCACUUCAAAAGCAUCACUUAGCUAGCAACCUGACUGAUAUGCAGCUCCACUCUCCUUCUCGAGAUCCCACCUUGGCCAUCACCGUCAAAUAAUGCCUCCAGCUGAGUCCUGAGUAGCCAGUGCCCAGACUUAGACAAGUCACAAACAGUCUUUAGCCAUGGAUGCGAAGGGAUCCGGCGUCAUGGCAGGCGCCCAAGAAGGAGAGGAGACCAGGAACAUCAUGGCCGCCAACGCCGGCGCCAUGACGCUGGUAAGGGAGUACCGGAGGGGAAACUGGACGCUCCCGGAGACGAUGCUGCUGAUCGAGGCCAAGAAGAGGGUGCACGACGACCGGCACCCGGCAGACCAGGGCCUGGCUCGCUGGCGGUGGGUGGAGGACUACUGCUGGCGCGCCGGUUGCCAGCGCAGCCAGAACCAGUGCAACGACCGCUGGGACAACCUCAUGAGGGACUACAAGAAGGUGCGCGCGUACGAGCACGCUGGCGUGGCAGGGAGAGGCGGCGCCCCGAGCUACUGGGAGAUGGCGAGGGCGGAGAGGAAGGAGAGGUGCCUCCCUUCCAACCUACUGCGCGAGAUAUACGAGGGCAUGCGCGAGAUCAUCGAGAGCCGAAGGAUGAGCUGCGGCGGCGCCGGCGUCCUGUUCUUGGGUGCACCGGCCACGACCAACACCAACCCGGUCGACAUCCCCAUGCAGGCCUCCCCGCUCGCCCAAGUCCUGCCCCGACCUUUAGACCAAGAAACGCACUGCACUUCCGAGUCGCCUGAGAGGAAGAGGCUACGACCGUCGCUGGACGGCCUGCCCGGGAGCAGCACGGCAGCAACAGCCUCAGGACACGGCGAUCACCAUCAAGAACCCCAGGGCGACCAGAGCUCCGACGACGAGGAGGAGGACGGCCUGAACGGGGCGAUCGGCCGAUGCGCGGCCAUCCUGUCCGGGGCGCUGGAGAGCCGAGAGGCCGCGGAGGAGCGGCGGCACAGGGAGGUGAUGGCGGUGGAGGAGCGCCGCAACCUCGCCCGGCAGACGCGGCGCGAGGCCGGCGAGCAGUGCAUGGCCGGGUUGGCCGUCGCCGUGAGCCAGCUCGCCGGUUCCAUGCUCGCGCUCGCCGCCAAGCGGAAGGGCCCCGCCGCGCCCAAGUGAGACAAAUUACAAACCCCCAUGCCAGGCCAAUAAUCCAGCGGGAACUCUGCACGAUGAUGCCGCCCCGCGCCGCGCGCGUGCAGUGAUCGAGUGCGCAGCGCCAUGCAUGCACGGCUUGCUCGAGAUCGGUGCGCGCUACGGUCGGCGAGCCCGAGACGCCUGAACCUUGCAUGUGAAUUGCAUCUGUAGCGUACGUAGCGAGCAGCUUAGUACCAGACUACUUUGGUCAUGAGCAAAGUAGUACUUAGUUUAUUUGGAUCUAUGUAUGCAUGUCAUGCAUGAUUUGCUUGUGUGAUCGAGUGCUGCAUGCAUGAGGGAUUUAACAUCUGAAAAUAUCUGGACUGUCAAUGUAAAGUGCAUUCUUAAUUUA